UUUUUGUAGAUUUACUUCAAGUUGUGAAGCAAACUCAAUAAACCGAAUUUUAUCAUUGUAAUAAGUGUUUACAUAUUUUUCUUAUCUCUCAAGAUUAUGAAGACAAACAGCAGCUCAAUCAUGCCCGAAGUACGCAUAGAAGAGGUUUCGAGGUUUAUGCGAGAGUGCUUUCAAGCUACUGGAGUGUCGGAAAAUGAUGCAAGAGAGCACACAGCUUUGUUACUACAGGCAGAUUUCACGGGACAUUAUAGUCAUGGACUGAAUAGAGUUGAAUUCUACAUCGACGACCUAAAGUCAGGAGCGAUUGACCCAAAAGGAAAACCUGUGGUAUUAAAAGAGAACGCGUCCACUGCGUGGGUGGACGGCGGCAAUGCACUUGGAGCUAUUGUGGGCACCUUCAGUAUGGACUUGGCUAUCAAGAAAGCGAAAGAGACUGGUAUAGGAUGGGUGGCUACAAAAGGAUCUACUCACUUCGGUAUGGCCGGUUAUUGGGCUCAAAGAGCAGAGAAACAAGGCUUGAUCGGCAUGGCUUUCACCAACUCGUCUCCUCUCCUUGUUCCUACAAGGGCCAAAGAAGGAACUCUCGGCACGAACCCAAUAGCCAUGGCAGCGCCGGCCAGUGGCGGAGACUCCAUACUCGUUGACAUGUCUACUACAGCAGUUGCAAUGGGCAAGGUGGAGAUGAAGAUACACGAAGGAAAACCGCUGCCAGAUGGCUGGGCAAUGGAUCAGAAUGGGAAAAUGACACACGAUCCUAAUGUGGGUUUUAAAUCUGGUCGCCUAUAUCCGCUGGGUGGCUUAGAGGAAACUAGUGGCUACAAAGGAUACUGCCUCAGUGCCAUGAAUGAGGUGUUUUGCAGCACACUGUCAGGAGCCAAAGCGAGCCACCAGCGCCCAUGGGGUGCCACCGAUCCUGAAGACCCGCCUAACCUGGGUCAGAUGUUCGUGGCUAUAGACCCGGGGUGCUUCGCUCCUGGCUUCGGAGACCGUCUUGCGGACUGUCUUAGCCACUGGAGGAAUUUACCACCCGUUGAUCCUUCGUUGCCAGUUCUAGCUCCCGGGGACAAGGAGCGUUCACAUUUCGAACAAACAAACAAAAGAGGCACGAUUGUCUAUGAAGCGAAACAGAUUGAGAGCUGUGCGUCUCUCGCGAAACAACUAGGCGUUAAACCUAUACUGACUUUGUAAAUUAUUAAACGUAUUGUUUUUAUAACAUUAAUGUAUAUAAAUAAGUACUUCAAGUUGUUUCAUUUUAAUACACAUACUUUGCUGAAUUACACAAUUACAUACACAUACAUUUUAAUACACAUCUAUUUAAGGUUCCUAAAAUAAACUCUGCAAAGAUAGUCAAAAUCAUAAUCAUUGUAUCGCUGUUACUAUAGAGGAAUAAGUUAGGAUCCUUAUUACUUAUUCCUCUAUAUGCUGUUACUAAUAAGCAGGUAAUAACCUUAUUGGUUUAACGAUACUGUGUAAAUUAAUUAGAGAUUUUUGUUUGUGAUUACAUAAAUAAAUAAAUAAUAACUGAAAUACGAA